UUAAUUGUCAUGUUGAAGUUAGUCAGUGCUUCCUUGAUUGUAGUGCUGUUUGGCGUUGUCAGCAAUGGAGAGUUCAUUGAUUUAUCUCAGUACCAUCGCAUGCCUAGGCUAUCGGAAACCGAUGACUACGACCAGUGCAUGGAGGAGGCACCCCCAGGGCAGAUCGUGGCAUACUGUGUGGCCCGAGUGGUCAUCAAACCGGACAAUGGGUCCGAACUGUGGAACAUGAUUGAGGAUUUCUCAAAAGAUUGGAAGAGACACUACAACCAUGCCCAGCUGGAUCGGGGUGUUUGUAUGGAAGACUGCAAACGACUGGUACGCCGUUUACCAAAUGCCACGAGACAAGCGUUGCGGGUUGAAAAGUUUGACAUAAACUUUCCGUAUAUUUUCGAUACGACCGUCUACAGAGACGCGGCGAAAGAUCGCGAACGUUAUGGUGAGCUGUUGGAUCUUUGCAUCAACUACAAACUCAAUGAAACCUAUCGACUGAGGGCCUACACGGAAAUUGAAGUCUGUGACAAGAAUAUCGAAACUGUGGACGUUGAUCGGUUGGACGUAUUCUUCCUGCUGGUGUAUGUAGCCUUAAUUUUUACAGUAAUUCUAUCCAGUUGGUACGACAAAACCAUCAACUACAAACAGCAUGUCAUACAUUACAAACAUGACUUGGAUAGUACCAGAAAAAUGGUGCUCGUGUCGUUUUCGAUCCUUCGGAACUGGUACCGACUGACGUCUCGUUCCCAGGAGGUUCUCAACAAAGAUCUGCGCUACUUCCAGGCGGUUCGAUUCAUGACGAUGAAUCUAGUCAUUGUGGGUCAUGCGGCACUGAUCUAUGCUAUUAUUCCAUUGCAGAACUCCAGCAGGAUGGAAAUGAUGUAUCACAACCUAAGCACGAUGAUCCUCACUGGAGGUCCACAGAUCGUGCAGAGCUUCUUCGCCAUGAGUGGCUUCCUGCUGGCCGUUCAAAUGAUACAGCAUGCGGAAAAUCGUUCGAGAGGAUCACCCGGAUUCCUAUUCCUAUUGAAGGCCAUCGUCUACCGGUUCAUCCGUUUGACUCCAGUGUAUGCGUUUGUCAUUCUGCUGCAUGCCACAUGGUUGUCCAAACUUCAGGAUGGUCCCCUAUGGAAAAUAGGAACGGAAACUGAACGGGCCUUCUGCCGCCGAAAUUGGUGGACUAAUUUGCUAUACGUCAACAACUACAUCAACGGAGAUCAGCCUUGUGUUCAGCAAGGCUGGUAUCUCGGCUGUGACUUCCAACUGUUCAUCCUUGGAAGUUUGCUUCUUCUAGCAAUCAUUAGAUUCCGGAGGUUUACAGCACCGAUUCUAGUGCUAGCAGUGCUUGCUACCUAUCUGAUACCGGCUUUCUUCAUAUACUACGACAAACUCGAAGGAACAUUUCUUGUAACACUACAAGGUCAACGUUUCACUUUGUGGUUCGACGAAUUUUAUCAAAAAGCCUACAUCCCACUGCACGUCAAUCUCGGAAACUACCUAGCCGGAAUCAUAACCGGAAUGAUCUAUCUCAAUCUACAGAAAACCAACACCGACCCCGUUCAGAAAAAGUGGUUCCGCAUCAUUUGGUAUCUAACAUUCCCAGCCGUUUUUGCCACCCUGCUGUCCAACUACAUCUUCUACGAGUACAACUUUGAGAAACCCUCCCUGUGGAUGGCAGCCUUUUUCCCACUGGCAAAGAACACCUGGGGCAUCUACACCUGCAUAUUUAUGAUUGGCCAAACGUACGGAAUUUCACCGGUAUUGAAGCGGAUCUUCAACCACCACAUCUUCGAGCCCCUGGGAAGGAUCACGUACACGGCCUAUCUUGGUCACGUGUUCGUAAUGAGGGUGGUAGCUCUGAGCACACGGACGCCAGUUCACUUCAACUACAUUGGAACGACUACGCUAGUGUUCGCUUCGGUGAUGUUCUCCUAUCUGAUGGCACUGUUCCUGUGCUUGGCGAUAGAGCUUCCGAAUUCCGCUUUGCAGAAGCUGAUUUUCGGGAACAUCAGAGGAAAUGUGAAACAGCCAGUUGAUCCAGAGACGGCCAAUGGAAGUGUGAAGAAUGGCAGUGAAACUACUGCAGCAAAUUGCGUACCAAACGGCAGUGAUAAUAUUAAUAAUUAG